AUGUAUUUAGACCGCAAAUUGGAUCGAUCUUGUACGGAAAAGGUGACGGUUGUCAUUGAUAUUCGAGCUGGACAAGGAUGGUCCAAUCCAUCGUCCGUGUCGAUAGUCCCCUUUAUCAAACUGGUGGUGGGCCUCUUGAAUACCUACUUCCCCGAACGUCUCUCGAGGUGCAUCUUGUAUCCACUCCCCUUUACGGCCACCUUGUUGUUCAACAAGGCCAAGGAUUAUUUGGAUCCAGAUACGGCCGCAAAGAUUCAAGUAUGCUCGGGAGCUGGAUCUGUCCAAUCGCCAGUCCCCGAAAAGGUCUGUGAAUUCAUUGGCCCCAAGGCAAUCGAAUGCAUGGAAGAUAGGAGACGAGGACUCUUUCGACAAUAG